AUGCAGGCACGCGAUGGGCUCAUAGCCCACUGGUGGGUCGGAGCUGUGGCCAUCGGAGUACUUUUGACAUUCAUAAUUACGGGCAAUGUAGCUGUAUUAGCGGCGCUUCGCCGCACUCGACGUGCGCCUGCGCACUAUCCUCUAGCAAGUUUGGCUGCGGCCGAUUUGUUGGUGGGACUUUUUGUUGUGCCCAUAGCUGCUGUUAGAGAGCUUUUUGUAAUUCAUUUACAUUACCUUCUCUGCACCUUUUGGGAAACCCUAGACGUAUUCUGCUGCACAGCAUCCAUUCUUUCCCUUUGCACGCUAGGUUGGGAAAGAUGGAGUGGCAUAACAGCUCCUCUAGCAAGAGUCAAAAGGGCCAGACGGGCCAAACUCCUUGCUGCUCUAGUCUGGCCUAUCUCUUUUGCAGUAGCAUUGCCAACUGCGUUCGUGUAUGUGCCGAAACAUCACCUAGGAGAGUCGGAUAAAGCAUGCCCGGAUAAUAUGAAUGUUACGUACGUAUUCGUGAGUUCGUUUCUGUCGUUCUACCUGCCGGGCAGUGUGAUGGUGGUGCUGUACGCUCGCAUACUUUGCGCUUUGUCCAUUCCACCGCAGAUUCGCUCGCAUAGAGGGCGUUCGCCGCGACCGCAUUCCUCUCCGAUUGUUCAAAAUGGGAAUACUGCCAUAGCGAAAUGUAGUACACCGUUACCUCUGCGGAACGCACCAGAGACACAACAUAGUCCAAUGCUCCUGACUCCGAAAGGCUGCAAGCUGAGUCUACCUGAAGGUUCCAAGCAAUUCAACUGCGAUAUUCCAGAGAGAGGAAAAACUGUAGAUGUAAAAAAUACUAGGACUGGUAUAAUUCCUCGGCAACGCCGCGCCACACGCACCAUAGUGAGGCUGAUGGUAUUGUUUCUAGCGUGCUGGACACCAUUUUUUAUAACAAUGCCUGUUGAUUCCCUUUGCGACUGCGUAAAAGAUUCGAUCUGGCAGUGGUUCACGUGGCUCGGAUACACCAACUCGGCAUUGAACCCGCUCGUGUACGCAGCAGCUUCUCCGAGCGUACGACUAGCGAUGCAGGCGUCGCUGUCCAGCUCAGCGAGACCUACUGAGAUACAAUUGACGCCUAAUAGGAGAUUAUGA